AUGAAUACAGACUAUACAGGACCAACACCAACAGAGCGAUUUCAACAGAGAGUUCUGGCCGACUACUCGGAGGGAGACCACGAGUUCGAGGCAGAGUUGAUAAAUUCCUAUAAAGUUUCAGUGGAAGAGCAUUUGCCCCAGCUCGACAAGUCGUUGGCAACUCUCGACGAGAAGGAAUCGAUUUUACAUUCACACGAUAUCAAGGGUAGCAGCAGUUAUAUAGGUGCAGAGGCUGUCAGAUUUGUCAGUGGAAAGAUAGAGUCACUAUGCAAAGAGAAGCAGCUGGAGAAGGCCGCAGAGCAUCUUGACGAACUAAAGAAAGAAGUCACCGAACUCUUCAAACUACUCGAUAAAUAUAUGGCAUCGUGGAACGGUGGUGAAUCCGUUGGCGAAACUGCCGCAGAGGCCGCAGAAGACGAAAAAGUAGCCGAAAAACAUCAACAUCAACAAGAAAAGUCAAAAGAAGACAAGAAAGACACUAGCAGCACCACUCACCAACCACCACCAGCAGCAGCAGACUCUAGACAUCAUCCAGAGGCAUCUGCUUCCAGCCACAGCAAUACAAGCACAGCUUCCGCAACCACAGCCACAGUCACCUCGGUGGUGGUCGAGGAGAAACACAACGAUAAAACAACAGUGACUGCCAGCAACAGCAAACCCAACACAACUACCUCUUCAGAUAGUCAUCACAAUCAUCACCAUACAACAACCAACACCUCAAGCAAACCAACCGCAACCACCACCACCACAUACACAGUUACAGCUACCAACAGUAGCAGUAGCAGCAACACUCAUCCAACUGAUAAAAAGACAGAAAAAGUUACCACUCAUAUUUUGGAGGAGCCAAAGAAAGGUACACCAAAGAAUUGA